AUGUCAGGCACUGAGCCCCAACGCCACUCCCCACGAGGGAAGAAGAGUGGGACUUUGCGGUCUCCUCGUGUACACAGCUGUACCACGUAUGCCGUGGUGUGGGCUCUAUGCCUUUCGCUCGCCGUCGUCAAUCCAGCUGCGUAUGCGGCACCAGCCGUCACCGGCGCCACCUGCACUGUCAACAGUGAUGGGUGGUGCAUCAACUCGGCGCUGAAGUUUGAAGGUACCGACCUUGCCACCGUCACAGCCCUCCGCAUCGGCUCCACUGACGCUGAACAGCAGAAGAUCACGUGCACUGACAAAUUCGCCGCCACGGCCACUACCGUCUCCUGCACCGUCGCAAUGGCGUCGUCAGCGAUAGCCGGUCUGUACCCCGCAACGCUUGUGCUUGGCGACGGCACGCAGGUGGAGGCCGGCAGCGUGCUGCUCGGUGCCCUCUGGGAAACACAGGGUAUGCCGACCUGGACCAGCACGACUCCGUCGAGCCCGCACAAGGUGACCGGGGAGUCCAGCAGCUGGCCCUCCACUGGUGAGACUUGGACUAUCAGUGGCACCUUCGACCCGGCAAAGAGCUACAGCGUGGUCUUCUACAACACCGAGGCCGACGCCGUACCCGGAAACCCCUCCCCGGUCACCUGCGCCGCGCUCUCCGUCGCCGCCACCAAGCUCUCCUGCACCAUCAUCGCCGUCAAUGGCGUCAUGGGCAUGUACCGCUUCCUUGUGAAGGACACCACCAGUGACGCGCUGCUGCUCGGCUCCACGUCGCUCAGCUCCAUCGCAGUGAACCCGCCGCUGCCCGCGGUCACCGGUGCCAGCGGCGAGUGCGCGACGAGCAGUGCGGCGUGCAUCAGCGGUGCGACGCUCACCAUCAAAGGCACGAACUUCAACCACCGCGACGCCCUCUACCAGCACUUCUCCGUCGGCGUCACGAAGGCGCAGCGCAGCGCCAUCCGCCUCGCACCCACCGCCGUCAGCGAGACCGACGUCACCGCCACCCUCACCGUCGCCGACGGCACGCCGGCCGGGAGCUACCCGGUGUUUGUGGAGGUGCAGGUGUGCAUGAUGCAGAUGAUGUCGCCACUGCGCUACGUGGGCAACCUGGUGCUGAACUCCGGCUCCGUCGCCGGCUUUAACAUGGAGAUACCCACGGGGAGCUUCCCUGAAGCUCAGGGCGCCAUUGAUGGCGAUGGCAGCAAGAUGUCUUCGGGUUAUGUCGCUGCCGUUGUUCUUGCUUCGAUCUUCGGUGUGCUGUUCCUUGCCGUGCUCACGGCUCUAACGGUUGUGUGCGUUCGUGGGGCUAACCGCAGCCGUCGUAUGGCCGACGCAAAUAACUUUUGGGGGAGCAUGGGAAGUGAGCUACCAGGCGUGGCGCCAGCGUAUCAAGGUGUCACCAAGGACUUUGCUCGCCACUAA